AUGUGGCACCCCAUUUUCCCCAACUUCUCUGGCAGAUCGAUGCUCGAAUAUUCUUCCAGCACCGCAUCAAUCUACGUCUAUCAUCAAGCGCACCACAACAGCGCCAAGGCGAGCCCUCAAUCUGUCGCUAUGAGCUCAAGCCUUGCUUGGCGCUGCCGGGCGCACGGCCCCAUUGCGCCGGCGCUCUCUCGAAAUUUCGCCAGGUUUGCGACGACGACGACGACGACCCGAGCAUCCCACCCCUCGAACCGCAGUCGAGCCGUACAAUUUCGCAGCGUGCACCACGCCUCUCCGCCCGCCGCGUUGCGUAGCAGCAGCAGGGAGAGCAUGAACCCGCUGCUCAACCCGCCGGCGUCGACGCGGCCGCCGGUGCUCGAGACGGUGCGCCGCGAGGCCCAGUCGUCCACGCCGGCCUAUCUCUUCCACCUGGGCAAGAGCUACCUCAAGUUCUACAAGAACGGGCUCAAGGCCAUCUUUGCCAACCGACGGCUGCUGCGGGAGAAGCUGGCGCGGACGCCGGCCGACGACCGGCCGUCGGUGUGGCGGCCGCACGCGGUGCCCAAGACGUUUUCGCGCGCCGACUGGGUGCUGCUGUGGCGGGUGCGGCACGACAUGCUGCGGCUGCCGUGCUUUGGGCUCAUGUUUGUCAUCUGCGGCGAGUUCUCGCCGCUGGUGGUGAUGCUGGUGGACGGCAUCGUGCCGUACACGUGCCGCAUCCCAAGGCAGCUGCGCGGGGGCGCGGAAAAGGCCGAGGCGCGCCGCCGGGAGGCGUUUCGGUUGUUGGAUGUCGCGCACCCGCACGGCGUGCUCGGCCCGCGCGUCACCCAGUCCGUGGCCCGCCGGCACGUCCUGCGCAGCUUGCACCUGUCGGGGGCCAUGUGGGACCGGCUGGGCGGGUUCACGCCGCCGGGCAUGUGGCAGCUCAAGGGCGUCCUGCGCAUGGCGUUUCUCGAGGGCGACGAUAAGAAUAUGGUGCAGGACGGCGGGCCGAUGGGGCUCGAGGUGGAUGAGCUGCGCAUCGCGUGCAUGGAGCGCGGCAUCGACGUGCUGGGCAAGAGCGAGUCGGAGAUGCGGACGUGGCUGGGCGACUGGCUCCGGCUGACGGCGGCCGAGGACCUGACGGAGCGGCGGCGCCGGAUGACGACGUUGCUGAUGACGAGGCAAGAGAAUUGGCCGCAGAACCGCGACUUUGGUGUGCCGGAAUGGCAUUUAUAA